AUGGCUCUCCUCGGCGAGGCUUUUGCCCUGGGGGGCCCGCCGCCUACGCUUCCCGUUGCAAGGCUCGCCUCAAAGCCAGGGCGGGCAGCGCAUGAAGUUCCAGAGCGAGGCUCAUCGUCCACUCUUGCAGCCGCCGCCACUGUUUUGGCUGGCUGCGUUGUGGCCAAGAGGCGCUCCGAGCCGCGUGCCGUGUCGGUGAGGGCCACGUCGCUCGAAGCAGAUCCCGAGGAGGAGGACGAGGACGGGGAGGAGGCCGGCAACCCCACGCCCUGA